UAUGCGCGCAAUUGCAUGGCAAGAGGUGCCACAUCGAAUUGGACUGUAACCAGAAGUUCAGAGCGCCUAUAUAAAGCGGGGAUCAUCACCUGUUUACUCCACAGACACAAGCACACAACCAGCCCUAGAUCGACAAGAGAGGAAGUAAAAAGGAAGAAGAUGAUGAGCACCAGGGCCCUCGCUCUCGGCGUGGCUGUCGUCCUCGCCUUCGCGGUGACCACGCACGCCCAGAGGUGCGGCGAGCAGGGCAGCGGCAUGGAGUGCCCCAACAACCUCUGCUGCAGCCAGUACGGCUACUGCGGCAUGGGCGGCGACUACUGCGGCAACGGCUGCCAGAACGGCGCCUGCUACACCAGCAAGCGCUGCGGCAGCCAGGCCGGCGGCGCGGUGUGCCCCAACAACCACUGCUGCAGCCAGUACGGGCACUGCGGGUUCGGCUCCGAGUACUGCGGCGCCGGCUGCCAGGGCGGCCCCUGCCGCGCCGACAUCAAGUGCGGCAGCCAGGCCGGCGGCAAGCUAUGCCCGAACAACCUCUGCUGCAGCCAGUGGGGUUACUGCGGCCUCGGCUCCGAGUUCUGCGGCGUCGGCUGCCAGAACGGCGCUUGCAGCACCGACAAGCCGUGUGGCAAGAACGCCGGUGGCAGGGCUUGCACAAACAACUAUUGUUGUAGCCAGUGGGGAUCCUGCGGUAUUGGCCCGGCCUACUGCGGUGCAGGCUGCCAGAGCGGCGGCUGUGGCGCUGUAUUCGCCGAGGCCAUCGCCGCCAACUCCACCUCCACGCUUCUCAAAGAAUGAUCUCGCCAUGGCAGUAUUGCAACGACAAAUAAUCCAUGGUAGUCUCAUUGCCACCUACGGUUUCCCUUCGGUUACUUUUAGUAGUACUAGUCCUUAAUAAUUCUCUAGCUUGCAAUAUGACAUGCAGGUUACUGCAGCAGUAACAAAAUAUUGCUGCAGUACAUGCAUGGAGAUAUUACAGUGAGACGUACUGUGUGGCAAUGUAGGGUGUGCUAUUGUUGCCACAAAUUUAAUUUUUCUUGUUACCUUCGGUUGUCAGGAUGCAUGCAUCCCGGUUGUAAUGUUGAAGUACUUCGUGAUUUCGUUGCAAUACAUUACCAUGAGUCUCACAUUA